AUGUGUCAUCUCAUCGACCAUACCCUGUUGAGAAAGCCGACUCUUCGCGUAGCCUCUUCCAAGUUCUCUGGCGCUGCUUCAUCACGUUCCGAGUCCACGUUGCGCCCAAGCCACAUCGCCCCUGCUCGUUCGAAUCUCUUGCUCACGAGCUGCCGCAAUGCGUUCCGUUCCGCCCGUCCGUGA